CUGCCUCUAUAAAACCUGCCUGACUGCUGAUCUCAGCUAGUCUCUCAGUCUCUCCUCUCUCUGUCUUCUUCUCUCUCUCUCUCUCUUCUCUCUCUCUUCCUCCUCUCUGCCGCCUCCACUGCAGGCCAGGAGCUAUCCAGUGCUGAACAAGUGAAUUUUUUCUUUUUUUCAGCAGCGUAAGCGCGUGUGUGUGUGUACAGUAGAAGGCACACACACACAGUAUUGUACCAUCAGACAUCUCUCUCUUCUCCUGCGUGCUCUUCAUUUUUUCUUUAUGUAGUCACUGUUUUUUAUUUUUUUUUGGGACGUGGAUCUUUUUUUAUACACUGGAUUUCAUUCAGGACGAUUUUUCACCAGGGUUUUUUUUCUGUCUGCGGCCGAUGUGAAGGAUUUCUGGUGCGUCUGUGCGACCGUGUGUGAACCAUGCCUCGCUCAUUCCUGGUGAAGAAAAUCAAACUGGAUGAUUUCUCCUCGUCUCCCGUGUCAGCAUCUAACCAUCAUCAUCUCAAUGAUUCCUUCACACGCUCUCGCUCCAGCCUGGGCGUCCGGCUUUGCCAAAAUGGCUACAUCCAGGAUUACAUCAGCUCUUCUGAAUACACAGAGGAGAAGCAGGCCGACAUGAAGCUAAGCUCAGAUCCACUGUACUCCCCAGUCAGCAGCGGAGGAGGGGAGUACUGCCAACCGGACCUGGAGCACCCGGACAGCCCCCAAUCUGGCCUCACGGCCCGCGAAUACUUCAGUAGUGAGAGCGAAUCUCUCAGCGAGGGAUACACCAUGGAUGCAUUCUUCAUAUCUGACGGCCGUUCAAGGAGGAAGGGAGAGGUCGCAGAAGAAAGUAAAGUUGCCGAUGACGAGAAAGAAGUGGCGGCGGUGAACAACGGAGGUCCCCGACACAGCUGCAACGAGUGCGGAAAGACCUACGCCACUUCAUCCAACCUGAGCCGACACAAGCAGACCCACCGCAGCCUUGACAGCAAGAUGGCACGCAAGUGUCCCACCUGCAACAAGCUUUACGUGUCCAUGCCGGCUCUGGCCAUGCACAUCCUCACUCAUGACCUCAAGCACAAAUGUCAUGUGUGCAGCAAAGCCUUCAGCCGGCCCUGGCUGCUUCAGGGGCACAUGAGAUCACAUACAGGAGAAAAACCCUUCGCCUGUGCCCACUGCGGGAAAGCCUUCGCUGAUCGGUCCAACCUACGAGCGCACAUGCAGACGCAUUCGUCCUUCAAACACUACCGCUGCAAGCGCUGCAAUAAGACCUUCGCCCUGAAGUCCUACCUGAACAAGCACUACGAGUCCGCCUGCUUCAGAGGCUCCGGAGAUGAGGACGAGUCUGGCUCCGAGAUUUAACAAAAGAGAAAAGAUGAAGAUGAGUCAACGCUUUCAAAAAACCCCCCACAGACUCCCUUCACAGACCCCACAUUCCCUUUUUUAUAAAGCAAUAUUUUCACCAAGAAAAAAAACCAAACCAAUCCAAUAAGAAGAAGACAAUAAUGAAUAGAUGCUGGAUUUUUUUCUUUGGUAAAAAAAAAGACCCUCUCAUAUAGACGCGUACAAUUAUGAGGCCUGGCAUGCAAAUUUUUAUGAACAUAAUACUAUUAAUAAUGAUAGUAAUAAUAUUUAGAUUCCUGAUGUUUUAUAGUAAAUCAUAAAAAGACAUAAAAAAAAGGACAGCAACAGGUUUGUGCUUUUUGAGCAAUGAAAUCAAUUUGUAUUUUUAUGCUGCUCUUUUAUUUUGAAUUCUUUUGCAACUGCCAACACAAACUUUUUAUGAAAAUGUGAAUAACGACAGCAUUUGCAAAAAAGAAAAAAAAAAAGAUUGUAGACCUCUGAAAAGGUACAAACUUUUGUUACACUUUUGGUAUUUUGUUUAUAAUUGUUAUUUUUAUAUUCAGUGUUUCCUGCAGUUUCUAGGUUCCAUUAUUUAUUUGUUUAUUUAUUUAUUCUGCCAAUCAUAUCCAGUAACUAUGUGAGGAGAGCGACCAUCACUCUGUGUUUACCAUACGGAGGAAACAGCACUCAAAACUAAACAUUUCAAUCAUCUCCAAACAUUCGAAACAUUCAAAAUACAGACGACAGGGACUUUCAACAACAUCUCUGCUCGCUCUGCUGAGCUUCCUCACACUAGAACAGACUGCAUGUGCUUCAGAUGCCUGGAGCUCCGCCCCUUGUCUUCCUGCUCCAUGAAUACCUCACCCAGAGGCAGGUAUGACCUCUAACCUCUGCUCUUUCCACGCUCUUAAAGCACCCAUCACACAAACCUAAUUUCUACCAUUCCAGUAUUGUUGUUGAGUAUUUAUGUAUUUAUUAAUGCACUAUUUUCAUUUUCUUAUUUAUUUCAUGUGUAUUUAUUUAUUUAUGCACCUAUCUAUCUACUUAUUUAUUUAUUUAUUUGGUUGAUUAUUCUCUGUGUUAUUGGAUACUGAACUGCCGUUGACCUUUUAAGAUGCUGCUCUUUAAUGAAAAUCUUUAUAUGCAUGAUUCAGCUGUAGAGGGAUUUUAUUAUUUUAUUUUUUUUUUUUUAGAGGGAUGGUAUGCAGUGUUUGAAAGCAGAUGAAUUCAGGUGUGAUGCUUUGUUUAAUGGGCAAUAAUUUUUCUUAGGAACAGCAACUUGUAUAAUCAAAGCUGUCCUGUAAGCAGUCAAUGUAGGGCAAUAAACAAAAAACUCCUUAAUAUCUCAAAGGUCAUUCUCUCCAUUUCGUCGUUUCUAGAACUCCAUUUCUUGCUAAGACCAUCCAGAAUGUCUACAUACAGUAUGAUGUGUGUGACUCCACCCACAUUUGUGACAUCACAGUUCAUCUCAUUGCCAAAUGCUAAACAAUUUAGUUAUCAAGAAAUCUUUUAUAUGCUAAAACCAACAAAACAUACAUUAAUAUUAGUGCUGUCAAAUGAUGAAUCGCGAUUAAUCGCAUCCAAAAUUAUUUUUUGUUUAUGUAAUUAAUAUAUGUGUGUGUACUGUGUGUAUUUGUUUAUAAAUACAAACACAUGCAUUUAAGAAAAAUAUGUCAAUAUAUAUUUAUAUUUAACAUAAAAUUGAAUAAUAUAAAUAUAUAAGUGUUAAUAUUUUCAAAAUAUAUACUGUAUAUGUUUGUAUUUAUAUAUGCAUAAUAAAUAUACACAGUACACACACAUAUAUUACAUAAACAAUUUUUUUUUUAUUCUGGAUGCGAUUAAUCGUGAUUAAUCGUUUGACAGCACUAAUUAAUAAAUAUAUCCCUCAAAGUGCAAAACGAACUCGACAGAUAAUACAAUUCCUGUUCUUUUUGAACUUACAAAUGUAAAACAUUUAAAAAUACAUUUUAAUAAGAAAAUCAGCAGCAAUAAGCCUUUUUCUAACAGACUUUUUACUAUUAUCACAGACUUAAUAUAACUGUCUUAUGUCUCAGCAAUAGUUUUGAAUGCAAUUAUAAAAAGACUAACCCAGAGCAUGACAUAUUUCAUGUAUUUGGCUUUAGCUGUCCAAAUAAAUCCCAUCAUAAGCUAUAAUAAGCUUUUAUUAGAAUUUCAGUGACAUGUAAAAUAGAAGUCCCAAAUCCUAGACCCAGAAAUAAUGACCCCCCCAGAAUGGCCAAUCAGGAUGGAUUAUUCAUUGUUUGGGAGAAAAGAGUGCUGGGUUCAGGACAGAGAUGAAACAAAAUAGAGGCUUAAUGGCAGCAUUGAUGGAAAUAGCUGAGCAUAUGGCGCCAAUGUGCCGCUGCCUGCAUAAUAAAGAUCUGAAAGAUGUUUGGAGAUGAAAGGAUGAGAUGUGCAAUCAGAAUGCGACAGUGUAAAUCAACUGUCUCCUUGCUGUCUCUCCUGUGAAGCAGAAAAAGCGGAAACGAAACUGCUUAUUUUAUAAUAAAAUUAAAUUUAGCACCAUCAUGAGAAACCUCGCAUAGGACAAUAUGCAUCAGCAUAUAUGAUGCAGCUCAUGUCAGAGUAAAAAGAAGCUGUGUCCACUCCACUAAAGGGUAAACAGGUGUUGCUGGACAGACAGUAGUCUGAGAGCAUAACUGAGUCUGAGUUUAACCUUGUGAGGAAGGUCGAGCAGCACCAGCCAAAGGCUCUGUCAGCAUUUUGCAUAUUGUAAAAAAAAGUAUGCCACAAUCUCAGUAAUGGGCCAAAACCUGUGGGGAAUGGAUAAUGAGUUUCUCCUCCCACUUUUCUUCUCUUCUUUGCCUCUUUUCCACCCAUUCCUGACCUAAUACAUUGGCACGCUGUGUCUCUACAUGUCCUAGCAAGGUUCUUCAUGGUAUUUCACACUCAUUGCUGAUGGACAUCAGUGUCAGAAACAUAAUAACAACUAUUAAAAAAUGCACCUGCUGAAACUGAAAUUUUCAGGUGUAUACUUGAUCACUGGUAGAAUGAUUACAAUGGUGAUCACUAUUUAAAAUGUUAACAUAAAACAUUACAAAUAUUUAAUAAAUACAUAAGAUAACAUGACAUCUUAUUUCAUAGUACCUUAUUCUAGACAGACCAAUAAAGUAGAAUAUUAUAUAUAUAUUAUAUAUAUAUAUAUAUAUAUACAUACACACACAUACACAUACAUACACACUACCAUUCAAAGGUGUGGGGUUUAAACUGGUCAAAGAUAACACUUAAGACAUUCAUAAUUUUACAAAUGAUUUCUAUUUCAAUAAACAAUCAUUAUAUUCGUCAAAGAAUACUGAAAAAAUAUAUAUCAUGGCUUCAACAAGAAUAUUAAGCAGCAAUAUUAACUGUUUUCAACAGUGAAACUGAAGACUGGAAUAAGGCUGCUGAAAAUUCAGCUUUGCCAUCAUAAAUGACAUCUGAAAAUAGGCCUAUAUUAAAUAGAAAAUAGGCUAGUUCUUUUAAAUUGUAAAAAUAUUUCACAAUAAAAAAUUUUACAGUCUUAUUGUUCAAAUAAUGAGACUAAGAGAAAUCGUACUUUUCAAUGGUAGCCAAUUUGAAAAAAAUUUACAAAUGUUAUCUAACAGAUCAUGUAGAAAUGUGUCCUCUUAUUUUAAAUAUCUAGAGCACAUUUUGUGGUAUCUUGCUACAAAUCCUAUAUAUUUCUGACCUUAAUGGACAUUCACCCUGCUUUUUUCCCUAAAUCAUCCUCUCAUAUUUCUGACACACCCACAGCUAUGAAGAAUCACCAGACUAGUAAUGAAUAUCCAUCUGUAAUAAGGCUUGAAUUCAGAGUCAAUUCUAAUUAUGCAAAGCUUGAUGUAAUGUAGAUGAGCUCUUUUAAAUACUAUUCCAAAGGACUACCACCAUCUCUUUGUUUUAAGAAAAAUCUUUUUUCCACAAAUAUUCAGAUAUGUGAGAUAACUGAAGAGAAUGAGAAAGUGAAUGCUUUUUGCCCUGUUUUUCCUGAAGCAAGUGUAAAUAUGUAUGUAUAUAGAUCUCAGCAAUAAUGAGACACCGCAUGCGAGCAGAUCCCUUUGCUUUUACCUUUUCUGAGCCGUUUAACCCCGGACAGGCUGAACAGGAGGAUCAGGGACUUCAUUACUUGCUGUAGCUACCAGCAAUAUUAACAAUGUUAACCAUUCUUUCUCUGUUCACCAGGAUCUACACAUAUUUCUUUGUCUUGGUCACUUUUUUUUCUCUCCUGUUUUUUCUUUUUCUUUUGUGGAAGUGCCCAGCCUGGCUGAACAAUAAUAUGAAGUGCCAAAAAAAUCAAGAGUUAUUUCCAUGACAAAAGCCUUCAGCAUAUGGUAGGCAACUCACAGCCCUCCAUAUGGUCCUUGAGAGAUUUCAGAUUGUCUCUCUUCUUUUCCCUUGCCUUCUCUCUCUAUCUUCCUGCCUCCCUGUGUAAAACCGUACAGAUUUUUCCAGUUCUGAUAUUACAUUUUGCCUGUUAUUAAGGGUAAAGCCAAUAGUGAUGUUUAUGAACAAUAAAAUCAAUAGCACAAGCA